ACUACUACCUACCUACCUACUAACCUACUCCUAAAUAGGUAUUCCAUCUCCGUCCGGGAAUUUCGUUCAUUCAUUUAACCAACCUCAAUAAAAGGAAAGAACAUACUUAUUACUACCUACCUAACUACCUAGUUAGGCUCCGUAAUUAUAUCUCCGAGGUGUGAUUGAUCCUCCAUUCCUUCUCCCUCCCUUCCUAACGGCUUCCAUUCUGCCAUGUUAUGUCAAAUGAAUGGAUGAAUGGCUUUUGAUCGAAAAUGUUAAUCUAUUUUUGACCCCUCCGCACUCCAUAGGCAUCUACCUACAUGCUCGUUUAGCUUGUUCAAGUAAUCAUCUUCAACGGAAAGUAAAAAGAAGACGACAAGGCACAAGGCUUAAGGCAUAAACAAGAUACAUUUUUCUCCAGCCUUGUAUCCUAGCCCACCGCGUGAUCGUUGCCAGAACACAGGCAUGCUAGGGUGUGCAGUGGUGCAGUCGUGCAGGGCAGGAGUGCUACCUCAUCAACAGUGCCCGUUAACAACUCAACCUCCACCUAGAAAACACAACCUUGAAGUAGGUACUUGUACCACGAAGUCCUUUUCUUCAUAGGUGAUAAUAUUAGGCGAUUUUCAUAUUUCGUCAAGUCCCUUCUUAAUUUUAUCCCUUGAACAUAAAAUAAACUUAAUCAUUCAAAUCACCACUACUACUCCCGCCCAGUUUGUCAUCAGUCAGUCAUGUCUAGCUCUCUUCGGAGGUCUCCUCCUGAUGAAGGCUAUAGCGAACAUCCUUUGACUGUCGUCAAUCAAUUCAAAUUCGAGGACUUGCCUUCAUGGCUCGCAGAUUUAUCUCCAGAUGAUCGUGCUGGUAAGUAGCAACCCGUCUUGUGCUCUUGAUGUCUUUCAUUCUUACAUUAAUUCAUGGCAGAAUAUAUUUUAGACAUCAUGAGUAGAUUACCGACUUCUGAAGUAUGGGACAUAGUUGGGCGCCUUAAACCUCGACUUAAAAUCGAUUUCUUCUUUCACUUACCAUCUGAGAUCUGUUUGAGGAUUCUCAGCUUCCUUGACCCAGUCUCACUAAUAAGAACCGCCAGCACCUCGCGACAUUGGCAAAUGUUAGCUUUCGAUCGAAAAUUGUGGGAACAACUAUAUAUACGCGAUGGGUUCAGAAUUAUUCGAUCGGAGGUUACGAAAUUCGAGCACCCGGGCGGACAACCUUCAUGGAUGAGCUCAAGGACCAGGUUCGACCUCAAUCUUCCAGCUAAGCGCAAACCCACCACCAAUUCACAGCGUAUGGUGCCCAGUCCUGAUCGGAGUAACGACAAUCAAGACCUGGACACGAUGAAGCAGACUUCAAUAUUUGGACCGGCAAGCACAAGGGAAAUGAAACAAAGUCCUCUUGCUGAAGAUGCGAUCAUGAUGGAUGCACCAGUCGUACCUUCGAAUAGUGGCAAUGUUCAGACCUCAUUUUCUAGUGCAGAGGGAAUUAUCCCUGGAGGGAAAGGAAAAGGAGUCUCGCGUCCCAGACAACUGCCCACUCUAGCCGUCGUAGACCGUAGUGAUGGGGAAGAGAAACUCAAUUGGCAUUAUCUCUAUACACAAAGAAGACGCCUAGAAGCCAACUGGGAUGCUGGAAAGUUUACCAACUUUCAAUUACCGCAUCCUAUGUAUCCGGAAGAGGGUCACACAGAGUGUAUCUAUACUAUUCAGCAUACUCAGAAUUAUCUGGUCAGUGGCAGCCGUGAUAAAACCAUACGAGUCUGGGAUCUCGAGAGAAGACGCCUUGCUCUUCCUCCCUUAGCAGAACAUCUAGGAUCAGUACUCUGCCUUCAGUUUGACCCAGAUCCGGAAGAAGACCUUAUUGUCUCUGGAAGCAGUGAUGCCACGAUCAUCAUUUGGCGGUUUUCGACAGGUAAGAUCGUGCAAAGGUUAACGACAGCACAUAGAGAAUCAGUUUUGAAUGUUAAAUUUGACAAACGUGUGCUUGUCACCUGUUCGAAAGAUAAAACCAUCAAAGUAUUCAAUCGCCGACCUAUCAAUGGAAGUAUCGUAAACGAAUCAGCUUCCAUCCAGAUACCAAACCUUGGCUUCGAAAACAAUCCCUCUGCGGGAACCAUCUUACUGCCAUAUACAAAUAUCUGCACAUUACAAGGUCAUGGAGCUGCUGUUAACGCCGUUCAAAUAUUGGGUGAUGAGGUCGUGUCUGCUUCAGGCGAUCGAACAGUAAAAAUUUGGAACUGGAAAAAAAACACUUGCACUAGAACCCUAUUGGGUCACAGUAAGGGAAUCGCAUGCGUUCAAUAUGAUGGUCGUCGUAUAGUGAGUGGUAGCAGUGACAAUGAGGUUAAAGUCUUCGACAAAGAAUCUGGUCUUGAAGUAGCCAGCCUUAGAGGUCAUACGAACCUGGUGAGGACCGUCCAAGCUGGAUUUGGUGAUUUGCCAUAUAGUGCGGAAGAGGAAAGGGAGGAUGCAAAGCGGAUUGAUAGAGAAUAUUUCAAGGCUGUGAACGGUGGAUUGGUCGAUCAGACUUAUCAACAAGGUCGGCUCAAAAAUGCCGGGUCCUCGAAACCAGAAGAUAUCACUGCUUUUGGUGCCAAAUUACCACCAGGAGGUGGAGGUUGCAAAUAUAGUCGUAUUGUCUCUGGAUCUUAUGAUGAGUCGAUUCAUAUAUGGCGAAGGGAUAAAGAAGGCGUUUGGAAGCCCCAGCAUACUCUCCGACAAGAAGAAGGUUCUCGAAGUGCAAUCAGGCAGUGGGCUAGAGUACCUCGAAGCAUUCCCAACAAAAAUGCAGCAUGGCUUCUGGGACUAACGCCUGGAUCAGCGGGUGACGAGGUACCGUUGGGAGAUAUUUCAAAGCUUGCCCCGGAGGACCAAAUUGACAAGGCAAUUGCGGCUGGUGCAAUAGGUCUACGUCAAACUCUCAAUCAGUACCCAGAUUUACUGCUUUACGAAUACUUGAGAGUUGCCAUCAAUCGUUUGACAGAUCACGCAAAACGCUUGCUGAAUCUUGUUUUCGUUGCAGCAUUACAAGCAAGAGGCUACGACAUAUCUGAUCUGCCCCAAUUGCGCAAUGAUUCAAAUACAACUACAGCACCGGUAUCAAGUACUGCUGCACCGAUUCCUCCAACAUUGCCCAAUCGUGGAAUGCCUCUAGGUGGUCCCGUUCCAACGCAUGCUCGUGUCUUCAAGCUUCAAUUUGACGCUCGUAGAAUCAUAUGCUGUAGUCAAACACCAACGAUUGUGGGCUGGGAUUUUGCAAAUGGUGAUAAGGAUAUUAUCGAAGCAAGUCGAUUUUUUGCUCCAAUGGAGUAGUGUGAAGAAAACACGCACAAGGUGCAAGAUUCGGCAUUUCAAAUGAGGCGGCGUUAGAUGGAUAACGAAUGGGGAUGAACCAGGCUGGAGUGGUGCAUUCAAUCCGGGCGUUUUACUGGAGGUGGUAAAUGACUACUAUCAGACGACAAAUAUUACGAAACUAUGAUUUUUAAUGGGGAACUGCAUUUAAUGUUGGUAUUGAUAUUGCAUAUGAAUAGGAAGCGGUGGCAUCGCUUUAGGGCGAUAGAUUAUUAUAUUGAUCGAUGUUUAUAUACAUUAACUGUAUAGUAUUAGUAUCGCAACAAUAUAUCUCUUUAUUUUGUAUACUUAGAUAUUAAUAAAUGAGAAUAUACUUUCUUGUUUAUUUAAAUAUCAGAAGUUUAAUAUUUAAUCUUUUGUUUUUAACUUUUGAUUUUUAACUUUUA